AUGGUGACAGUAGGAAUUGUCAUUGCAUUGGCUGCUGCUGAAAAUUGGCCCUUGUUCCAAAUGGAUAUGUAUAAUGCUUUUCUUCAAAGGGAUUUGUUGGAAGAAGUUUUUAUGGAAAUACCUAAAGGUUUGCAGAUUCAAGGGGAGAAACAUAUGGAUACCAAAAGGGUGUUACAUCAGUCUUUCAAGAUUAAAGACUUGGGAGAACUAAAUUUUUUUUUGGGAAUUAAAUUCAGCAGGUCCAAGAAGGGAAUUCGGAUGAAUCAGAGGAAGUAUGCUCUAGAAUUGUUAGCAGAAGCUGGUCUGACAGGAGGCAAAGUGGCUUUAACUCCUUUGGAGUGUAACAUGAAGUUGACUAUAGCUGAGAUGAAUGAUGGUAACGGGGGAAAUGAGUUUGUUGAACUGUUUGAAGAUGUACAGCAAUACCAAAGAAUGAUUGGAAAGCUACUCUACCUGACCAUCACUAGGCCUGAUAUUUCUUAUACAGUGCAGACACUGAAUCAAUUCAUGCAGAGACCUACCGUACAACAUUGGAAUGCAACAUUAAGAGUCCUAAGGUAUAUUAAGACUCAACCAGGGUUGGGAUUAUUAAUGUCAUCAGAAAAGGACAUGAGACUAACAGGUUAUUGUGAUGCUGAUUGGGCUUCAUGUCCACACACUAGAAGAUCUGUGAUAGGUUACAUUCUCAAGCUUGGUGAAUCACUCAUUGCCUGGAAAUCUAAGAAGCAAGCAACAGUUUCCAGAAGCUCAGCUGAGGCUGCAUAUAGAAGUCUAGCAGGCUUGACAGUUGAAGUAGUUUGGGUUACUAAUCUGGUUAAGGAAUUGGAGAUUCAGGUUGAAGGGCCAACAUCUAUAUACUGUGACAGCAAAGUAGCCAUCCAAAUAACAGCAAAUCUGAGUGGACGGCGUUCCACGGUGGUUGUUGUUGGAUUGAAUCCUAUUGGAGAUACUAUCACCCCCGGGGUCGUUCUUUCUAGCUGGGCUGGAAACGUAUCGCUGGCUGGGUCCCAGUACCAGUUACCAGCGGUGAUUAGUUCCAGCCUUCUUUUGCAGCUGUGA